AGCCAGCCUGCGGGGAGACGCUUCUGGCUCUACUGCGCAUGUUGGUUGUAAUAGUUGGUUGUUGUAGUGGUUCUUUAUUCUAUGGUAGUGUCGUGUGUCGUGCUCCACCUGUUGCCUAGGUAGUUUUAAAAUGAGCUCGACGUCGCUUAGUAAACGUCUGAUAGUGAAAGACUCUAGAAAGAUUUUGCGUGCGAUAUUUCCUGUGCUUAAGGAGAAGACCGAAGAUAUCAAAGACAUCACCGAAAAGCUGAAGCUGGUAUUCAACCAUGAAUUGGACAUUCGACUUCAGGCCUAUGGUAUUAAUGUUGCUGCGAUUGGGCAUUUGGAGGCUUCUGCAAGAGGUGUGAUUGGUUACUCUGUGGGAGCAAGCAAAACUGCAUUACGGUGGCUGAGACUUUCCAACAGGAAGUUUGUCAUCAAGGGAUGUUUUGGUAUUGAAACGAGCACUUAUAAUUCUCUGGGAGAGGUUGUUGGGACAGCUCCAUAUGAUCACAUAACAGAAGAAAAGUUGAUGCAGAUGUUCCCACAGUUCCUUGGUCAAAUCAAACAGGCAGUCAACCCUUAUGAUGGGCCUUUGCCUCAGUCGGAGAACCAGCCCAUACGAAACCAUGUUGCCGUCAUGGAGCAUCUGGCCAUUUGUCAUAGCAUCAGCUGUUCUAUGCUUAAUCUGCCUCACUUUUCACUAGAAAUAGUGUGCGGGCCGGGCUUUUCACCUCGAGUAUUUGUGCACGACUUGGGAAAAGCAUUGGGUAGCUGUGCUCAUGUGACACACAUGGAGUUGACACAGUACGGUCCCUUCACACUUGAGCAUGCACUACCAAGCUACAGAUGGACAUGGGAAGAAGCCAGAGUGACAUCUGAGAAGCUGCGUAGCCUUUGGUCCGCCCAUAUUGAAGAUGUUCGAAGGGAAAUGAAGGACAAAGCUGACCACUUCAAGAAUGUCGCGAGGUACUUUUAACACAAAUUGGAAAUUCACAGGUUUACAAUAAAUUAUGUUACACUGAUUUAUCAAAUGCACAGGUUUACAAUAAGGUUACACUGAUUUAUCUUCAGCAUGUUUUUGCUCUUUGUUUCCUUUAUUAGUCUUCAAAAAGAAGAGAGAGGGAAGAACAGGUAUGAAUACAAUUCACAUUUGAGUUUAACGAAAGAUUUGGUAUCUUUGUUUACAAAGAAAAUUGUGCUAACAAUGCAGAGUUUGCAAUCCACUACUAACUCAUAUUUUGCAUGUUGUACGAGAAAUGUACAUUGCAAAUGAUCCUUAAAAAUGUGAGUUUUUUUUAAGAGUGCAAGAGGUUCUGCAAAACGUGUAGCCACCAUUUUUAUUUGCUUGAAAUCUUUUUAUGUCAUUGCCUCAUAACUGGGACGAACAGAUGCCCAGGCAUUCUUGCGGCAAACAAAAAAAUUACAACGUUCAGACAUUUGCAGAUUUGCGUACAUAGUGUGUAUAAUUUUGCACACUGCUGUUUUGCUCAGAUUUCAUUGCAAGUACUAGUGACUUAAUAUAGUGGACUCUCUUUAAACAGAACAUCAAGAGAGCAGAGUUAAUUGGUUGCGUUUAUCAGGAGUUCUAUUUACUGAGAGACAAAGCUGAAUACAAUUGCAUGAAUACAAAACUAACCAACCAUGAGGAUAGUGUUCCGUUUAAGUGGCACUUCCAUUUAAGCAAUUUCCAUUUAUUGAGGUUCCAUUGUACUUUCUAGCAAGCAUCCAUAAAUAUUUAGAGCCAAAUUAUGGGCACAUUGGAGUGAACUAUAUCAGCUUCUGGGAUUUCCAAGUUUCACACUGUUUACUAAAGCAUUGUAAAAUUAUAACUGCAAACAUUUUCUUUGGCAGACUUAGUAUUUCUACAACAGUAUAUUCAGUGCAUGAAGGCACAUCACCUAAUUUGAUGAGCCUUACUUGCAUGGAGAGCAUAACGCAUAGGAUGAGUUGUUUAAGCAAGGCCAGCAGCCAGCAUAGGACAAUGAUCUUCAUGUUUAAAAAAUCUAUUGACAUAAAAUACAGUCAACUGUGUCAUUGCUGGUCGUGUUUUGUGGACAGACAAGGAAAGCUGUUAAAUUCAUGCUUUUUAAAAGCGUUAACACAAGUCGAAUCACUGCUUCAGAAGUACUUCAGAAGUACUGCUUCAGAAGCGGUUCUCUCUUGGCAUUGGUACCAAAGUAUUGCUAGACAAGCAGGGUGCUAAGCGAUUUGACAUUGGUGUUGCUGUCAUUAAUGAGGUUGUGCCUUACUGGAAGCUUUUGUGCAUUGCAUGGUUACUUUUUGUACUACAUGAGUGCGCUCUGUGAAUGAAGGUGUGAGCACUGCAUGGUGAAACAAAUGAUGCAAAAUAAAUAGAAAAAGGCUCACAGUUUCACAGCAAUUUUGUUUA